CGUGAUCCUUAUCUUGAUCCAUGCUUCGUUCGUUUCCUUGCGAUCCGAAUGUUUGUUUCCUCCAACUCCUCUUUAUGUUUGUUUUUGUUCUCCCCAACAAUAACAUUCGUACCGUAGCGUAACACUCACACAAGCGAAUCUUCACGAAUCCCGAUACGCGCAGUGGAUGGCAUCAACUUCGAGUCGUAUUGUUUCCCCACGAUAGCAUAGCGUUGGCUGUUUGCGGCGCAAACCGGGUCCAUAUUCACGACUGCAUGACCACUCGCAUCCCAUCCUCGGACCGUGUCUAGAAUUUAACGCUCGAUCUAAUUAGACUUCGCACAAGAAAUAUUGAGGCGACACGUUCGCGGACCAUCCCAUCCUUCCGAUCGCAAUAGUACCACGACUGUAAGCGCUCGUUGACCUUCGCCCCGCUCGACUUGACCGGCCAUCAUGGCUUCUCAAGCUGAUGAUGCUCCGGCCCAAGCCAGCAUUGGCGCGGGGGACAUCAAGGAGCAUGUCCACGAGGAACUCCAUCGAAGGAAGCGACAAAACUCUACCGCGACCGUGUUUCCCGAGCCUCUACGAGAAAGCGAUGCCGAAGACGAAGAAGAGGAUGACACUACACAAGGGCCACCGAUGUUCAUGAACAUGAACCAGAGCAUAUUCGGUCUUAUUGCGACUGCUAGCUCUCGUGUCGACUUUAAUGAUCGAUUCGAUGGAAUGAGUAGUGACGAAGAGGGUGAAGGAUCAUCAUCACAACAUAGCCGUGACCAUAUCGCACAAACAUCGAUCCUACAACCAGGAGGCAAGGGAAAGGACAAAGGACACAGAAGGAAAAGGCUUUCGGAGCAUAAGUUGUUGCGAUCGCUACCUGCGUUGCCGAAACUUCGUUCCCGGCAUAAAUCCCAGCCAUCUCGACUAUCUGCUCCGGUUGAGACUGCUGAUGAAUCCGACGUGGAAGACAACGGCACUUUGUCGCCUGCGCCAGCUCUUACCCUGACACGCCAAGAUACGCAAGGUGUCAUGAGUAGGAUGUUGGAGGCCAAGGCGGACUUGUCUAGCAGACCCAGCUUCGAUCUGGACCGGUUAUCAUCUGAUGUUAGUCGAUCUAGUGAUGGCGAGGUAGUCUCGGCUCUGGCAAAGAAGCUCAAGGAGAUUUUCGAGUUUGAUACAUACGAGCAAGUCAUUGAGGAAUACCCCUGCUGGCUGCUACAAAGUGUCCUUCUUCAAGGAUACAUGUACAUCACUUCCAAGCAUAUCUGCUUUUACGCAUACCUCCCCAAGAAGGCGGCAUGUCAUGGACUCCCCAAUUGCGAGAUAGUUACUAACAUAAGUUCAGAACGAGGCCGUCAAGUCAGGGUAUCUAUCGAAGAGCGGCAAACGCAACCCAAGCUACACAAGGUUUUGGUUCCGACUAAAGGGCGAUGUUCUGGCAUAUUACAAGACUGCGACAGACGUUUACUUUCCCCACGGACAGAUUGAUCUGCGAUAUGGCAUCUCGGCAAACAUUGUGGACAAGGAUAAGGAAGGUCUACAUUUCACAGUUGAGACACAUCAUCGAACGUACAAGUUCAAGGCCGACAGUGCUCCAAGUGCGAAAGAAUGGGUCAAGAGCCUGCAGAGAGUCAUCUUUCGAAGUCACAACGAUGGUGACAGCGUCAAGAUCUCAUUACCGAUUAAAAAUGUAAUCGAUAUUGAAGAUACUCAGAUGAUUGCAUUCGCCGAUACUUGCAAGGUUAGAGUCAUUGACAAUGACGAGACAUAUGCUAUUGACGAGUACUUCUUCUCUUUCUUCAGCUUUGGGAAGGACGCCAUCAAUGUGCUUAAGAUCCUCAUUGAGGCUUCUGCAGAAAGCCGGUCUGCGGAGAAAGCUGUGUCUAGCCUUGAAGAGAACGAGAGCUCUCAACCUCCAUCUGGCCGGACAUCGAUGGCAGCAAGCCGUCAUCUUCCCCAAAUUGACAGACUACAUACAGGAAAACUUCCCGAUACCGUGAAGGCCACACUGGCUCCCAUGUCGCCACUAUCGCCUCAUUCGCCAAGCCAACUGAGCCCUCGAGCAAGUAUGGACGCUCCACGAUCAAGCUUUGACGGCUUCAGGAGAUUUGGACGCAAGAGUAUGGAUGUACCAAGUUCCAUCGGAGACUUCAGCCCUCGCAGGAGCUUCAGCGGCACCAGACGAUCAACGAGUCGUCAUCAACACGGCAGCACGACUCCCAGACAGCAACAGGCUCAGGACUCGGGAGAUUCGUUUAUUCAUUCAUCGAUUGACAACCCAAGUAUCUCCACGCUAUCACCGUCUUCGUUUGAGGAUCCAUCCGCGAGCCAGAUUCUUCAAGGAAGCGAGGUCUUUCACAGCCCAACGAUGCGACGCUCUGCUUCGGCAUCUAGAAAGCGCGAUCAGUCUGGGAAGAAAACGCCUCGGAACUCUACUUCCAAUCGAGAGCGCCCUCGCCACAUUCACCAUGCAGCAACGACAGGUGCUAUGCAGGAAAUGGGUGGUGAACCGAGUGAUUCUCAGCGUCCAGUAACACCAACACUCAACAGUAUCACUAAGAUUGGAGCAUAUCCCUUACAACGAGCUAACGCCUUUGCGGAGUAUCUAAGUCGUACAAGCCAGCGUAUGGGUUCUAUGUUUGCGACCGAGUCACUGGGGUAUGUGGAAAAGGUGCAUGGCAUGUGGAAAGGAGAACAUAGGCAUUACGAUGAGCCUCAAGAGCUCAAGACCGAUGAUGAUGCCGAUGAUAUCGACUCUGACGCGGAAGACAAGACACAGACCGCCAUGGAUCGAUUCCGAGCGCAUUUCACCUUGCCCGAGUCAGAGAAGCUUGUUGCAACGUACUUUGGGGCCAUCUUCAAGGUCUUGCCUCUUUAUGGAAAGUUCUAUAUCAGUGAUCGAUCAUUCUGCUUCCGAAGCUUGUAUCCCGGCACAAGGACAAAGCUCAUCCUACCUUUGAAGGAUAUCGAGAAUGUCCACAAGGAAAAGGGUUUCCGGUUCGGUUACUACGGCCUUACCGUCGUCAUUCGUGGUCACGAGGAGCUAUUCUUUGAAUUUAGACGACCAGGGCUCCGAGAUGAUUGCGCGGUGACGCUGCAUCAACUCAUGGAGACUAACCGUUUUCUUGAGAAGUCUGGUUUCCUUGACCAAGAGGAGCAAGACGAUGAAGAAGCUGCUGCUGCAAUUGCGGAGCGCGACGCCCUGAAGGCUGCGCGACAGGACGAGUUUGUCAACCACGAGCUGGAGCUACCACGCGAGACCUCUGGAGUUUCGAACGCUCCAACAAUAUUGUUUGACAACCCCAAUUCGUCCGGUCUUGCGUUCAAGCCGCAAAAGUCGAUGAAGAUCACAUGUCUCACCAUCGGAUCUCGAGGUGAUGUGCAACCAUACAUUGCCUUGUGCAAGGGUCUUCUUGCUGAAGGCCACAAGCCUCGGAUUGCCACACAUGCGGAGUUCCAAGGAUGGAUUGAGUCACACGGUAUCGAGUUCGCCCGAGUUGAAGGCGACCCUGGUGAGCUGAUGCGUCUUUGUAUCGAGAAUGGAACGUUCACUUGGGCUUUCCUUCGGGAGGCAAACUCGACCUUCCGAGGAUGGCUUGACGAACUUCUUGACUCUGCCUACACAGCAUGUGAGGGUUCUGAACUUCUGAUUGAGUCUCCUUCUGCCAUGGCUGGCAUUCACAUCGCGGAGAAGCUUGGUAUUCCCUAUUUCCGAGCGUUCACUAUGCCCUGGACUAGGACACGAGCAUAUCCUCACGCUUUUAUUAUGCCUGAGCACAAGAUGGGAGGUGCAUAUAACUAUAUGACAUAUGUCAUGUUUGACAACAUCUUUUGGAAGGCUACAGCUUUCCAGGUGAAUCGAUGGAGAAGAAAGACGCUUGGCUUGCCCAGCACCAACCUUGAGAAGAUGCAGCCUAAUAAGGUGCCCUUCCUGUACAACUUCAGUCCUAGCGUGGUUGCACCUCCUCUGGACUUUUCGGAUUGGAUUAGAGUAACUGGCUACUGGUUCCUCAAUGAGGGAGGUGACUGGGAGCCGCCUCAGGAGCUGCAGGACUUUAUCGCCAAAGCCAGGGCGGAUGGAAAGAAGUUGGUCUACGUCGGUUUUGGCUCUAUCAUCGUCAAGGACCCUGCCAAGAUGACACAAGAGGUCAUCGACGCUGUUCUCAAGGCAGAUGUUCGGUGCAUUCUGUCGAAGGGCUGGUCAGACCGUAUCUCACCGAAAGACGACCCGUCCAAGCCUCGCCCCGAAGAGCCAGAGAUGCCUCCAGAGAUCCAUGUGAUCAAGUCCGCACCACACGAUUGGCUCUUCAGUCAGAUUGAUGCUGCUGCGCAUCACGGUGGUUCUGGAACAACAGGCGCCAGUCUGCGUGCCGGUAUUCCUACCAUCAUUCGUCCAUUCUUUGGCGACCAGUUCUUCUUUGCUACGCGAGUUGAGGAUCUUGGUGUUGGAGUCUGGGUGAAGAAAUGGGGUACCAACAGCUUCGGUCGAGCCCUCUGGGAAGUGACGCGUAACGAGCGCAUGAUUGUAAAGGCUCGUGUCCUUGGCGAGCAGAUCCGCAGUGAAUCGGGUGUCGAUAGCGCCAUCCAGUGCAUCUACCGCGAUCUCGAAUACGCCAAGAGUCUCAUCAAGCGCAACGCCGGUAAGGCCGCACAACACGACGCAAAUGAAGACGACGACACAGAAGAGAGCUGGACAUUUGUCGGAAGAGACGAGCCAGAUCCCGACGCCGUGACGAAGAAGCUGAGUGAGGGUUUAGUAGACACUGAGAAGCCGCUGUCUUUGGGAAGUCAGGCGCCUUCAACUGCUGCGGCAUGAUGUACUUGUCGCUACGAACUGUUAUGUGUGGGGGUUUUCUUUGGUGAUUUUAUCUGGUUGCGUGCUUGUUCUCCUGCAUUUAGGUGAUGGCUUAAUUCUGGUCUUUUGGAUGACUUGGAGUCUGGAUGGAUGGCUUGUAGAUAGACGUAUGAUCUAGAUGUCAUAGACUACGUAUGAAGAUAACACUACUUCGUCUUGGAAACUGACAAGCGAGGUUUGAUGCUCUGACUUCGAUGAUGAGACUGACAAUUGGUACCUACAUAAUAACUUAUUCCAAUGCAG